UUUCGCGUCCCGUUUCUUGAGGGGCGCGUCGCACUUUCCGUCGCGCGUUUUCUCGCGUUUUAAUCCGCAGCGAACAGCCCGUCCAGCCCAGGCCCAGGAUCCUCCCUCCUAAACGCCCACAUUUUGCCAUUCAAGGCUUUCCCCUAUCUCCAACCCGCGCCACCACAUCGUUGCCCUGUACAAUACUUGACAGGCUGCGAUAAAACGACGACGUAUUUACUUUUUGCAUCAUGGCGACACCAAUGGCCGUCUCCAGCGACGCUGGGUACCUGAUGUCGGACGGGGCGAGGACGCCCCGGCAGCGCGCAUCCGCUCCCGCGUCCUCGGCCGGCCGCCCAAGAGCCCCUCCUUCCGAGAGCCUCGGCGCCCCCAGCGACGACGAGGGCGAAGGCUUUGCCGACGAUCAAGUCCCCGGCCGCAUCCGCCCGACAGACGCCCACAACAUCCCGAGGGUCGAAGACAGGAUCGGAUUAAUUAUCCAAGACCACUUCGAGAACUUUAUCGAGGGGUAUAUCGAGACGCCCACAGCCUCGGGACAGCCCACCUCGAGCGCUGUCACGACAGACAAGUACUAUGUCGCCCAGAUCCACGGCAUGCGUACAUACCAGCUGUCGACUUUCUACGUUGACUACAAGCACCUCGAGACAUGGAACAACGGAAAUCUGGCGGGCGCCAUCCUGAACUCGUACUACCGCUUCCUUCCAUUUCUCACCGCCGCUCUGCAUAGCAUGAUUGCCAAGUACGAGCCGCAAUACUUCCGCGAGCAUCGCCAGCCAACAGCCUCGAGCCAGCACACCACGGCUGGCUCUAGCAAUGCGGGCUCGGCAAGCCAGUCGGAGCAAGGCAGCAAGACGGCCAACCAACAGACGGACAAGCUCUUUUCCAUAGCCUUCUACAACCUCCCUCUCGUGUCGCGUGUGCGCUCCAUGCGCGCCAGGAAUAUCGGCCAGCUCCUGUCCAUCAGCGGCACCGUCACGCGGACGUCCGAGGUCCGCCCCGAGCUGGCGCUGGCCACCUUCACCUGUGAGGCCUGCCGCAGCGUUGUCCCCGACGUGGAGCAGACAUUCCGCUACACCGAGCCCACCCAGUGUCCCAACCCAACCUGUCAGAACCGCCUGGCGUGGCGGCUCGACAUUCGCCAGAGCACCUUUGUCGACUGGCAGAAGCUGCGUGUGCAGGAAAACAGCAGCGAGAUUCCCACGGGAAGCAUGCCUCGCACCAUGGAUGUGAUUCUGCGCGGUGAGAUUGUGGACCGGGCGAAGGCUGGCGAGAAGUGCAUCUUCACCGGCGCGCUGAUUGUGGUGCCCGAUGUCAGCCAGCUUGGCCUGCCUGGUAUCCGCAACGUAUCGGUUCGCGAUGACCGCGGUGCUGAUACAGGGAGCAGCGGAGUGACGGGUCUGAAAUCCUUGGGUGUUCGUGAUCUCACCUAUCGCCUUGCCUUUCUUGCCUGUAUGGUGACGCCCGAUAUGUCGUCCAUUGGCGCAUCCGGCGAGGCGCACUUGAUCGAUAUGGUGGGCGCUCUCACCGGAAGUGCUGCCAUUGAGACGGCCGAGAGCAUCAAAGAAGCGCAGGAGGCUGUCCUGGCUUCGUACACACAGACAGAGAUCCAAGACCUUCGGGCCAUGGUGCACAGCGAUCACAUCUACGCACGGUUGGUACAGUCUCUUGCGCCCAUGGUCUAUGGACACGAUAUUGUCAAGAAGGGAAUCCUGUUGCAGCUGCUGUCAGGUGUGAGCAAGGCCACGGCCGAGGGGAUGCAGCUUCGUGGCGACAUCAACAUUUGCAUCGUCGGCGACCCCUCGACAUCCAAGUCGCAGUUUCUCAAGUACGUUUGCAACUUUGCGCCGCGCGCCGUCUACACGUCGGGCAAGGCCUCGUCUGCCGCGGGUCUCACAGCGGCCGUGGUCAAGGACGAAGAGACAGGCGAGUUCACCAUCGAGGCUGGUGCCCUCAUGCUUGCAGACAACGGCGUUUGCGCCAUUGACGAGUUCGACAAGAUGGAUAUUGCCGACCAGGUCGCCAUUCACGAAGCCAUGGAACAGCAGACCAUCUCGAUCGCCAAGGCGGGCAUCCAGGCCACGCUCAACGCCAGGACAUCCAUCCUGGCUGCUGCCAACCCAGUUGGUGGCCGAUACAACCGCAAGACGACGCUGCGCGCCAAUAUCAACAUGAGUGCGCCCAUCAUGUCGCGUUUCGAUCUGUUCUUCGUCAUUCUUGACGAGUGCAACGAGCAGGUAGAUCGCCAUCUGGCCGAGCACAUUGUCGGCAUCCACCAGAUGCGGGACGCCGCUGUCACGCCCGAGUUCUCGACCGAGCAACUGCAGCGGUACAUCCGAUUCGCGCGGACCUUCCGUCCGGAACUCACAGACGAGGCCAAGGAAGUCCUUGUGCAGCGGUACAAGGACCUCCGCGCCGACGACGCACAGGGCGGCAUCGGCAAGAAUAGCUACCGCAUUACGGUCCGGCAGCUGGAAAGCAUGAUCCGCUUGUCCGAGGCAAUCGCAAAGGCAAACUGCGUCGAGGACAUCACCCCCGACUUUGUCAACGAGGCGUACAACCUCCUCCGACAGAGUAUCAUUUCGGUCGAACACGACGACGUCGAGGUGGAAGACGAAGACGACGUGUUGCCGCUCGAAGACGGCGCUAUACUCCGGCAGGCCGCGGCUACGGCUGCGACGGCGCCAACUGAUGUUGAUGGUGACCUGCCCAUGGCAGAGGACGGCGAAGAGGCAGGCACCGCCUCGCGCCAGACGUCGGCCGCCCCGCCCCGCGAGAAGCAAUCCGUCUCGUACGAAAAGUACAUUUCCAUCGUCAAUAUGUUUGUGACGCGCAUCGCCGAGGACGAGGCCGGCGGGGCCGGCGACGGCCUUGAGGGCGACGCGCUUGUCGAGUGGUAUCUGGAGCAGAAGGAGGAAGAGCUCGAGGGCGAGGAGGACUACAACACCGAGCUGGCGCUGGCCAAGAAGGUGCUGAAGAAGAUGGUCAAGGACAACAUUCUUAUGGCCAUCCGUGGCCAGACCACGGAAGACGACGGCGAUGCCGGCGAGGGUAGCAGCUCUGCCGCACACAAGACGGUCUACGUCCUGCACCCUAAUUGUGCCAUCGAAGAGAUUUGAGUUUAUGUUCUUGGAUUAUGGCAGGGUAUGUUAUAGAUUGGAGGCGCAUUGCGGUGACUUGGCGAUGAUGUGCGGGUUGCGUAUGUCAUUUGUAAAAUGGCGGGCAUGGCAUCUGUCAACUUGGAUCUAAGGUACCUACCACCUACCAAGGUAACCUAUCUGAGGUUAGGGCUUCUGUUUUGGUCAUUUUUUUGCGCUUAAAG